CUCGAUAUAUUCGGGAUGUCACGGAAUGUCACACCACAUGUCCGUGACAGGAUAUCAUCAGAUGUCACACCAUACGAUAGUGACAGGACAUCAUCGGAGUCCUCAUUUGAUGACACGGUGACCUCUCUACUAGCGACGAGUCCGUCCCCUGGCUACCGCGAGCCGCACCUCGUACACGUGUCGCACAGACCGAUCUUCGUUCACGAGGAAGAGCAGAACCAACCAACAUUCGUCAGGCAGAGUCUCAUAGACGGUGAACGCUUUCGUAUGACCGAAUACGACAAGGACAGAGAGCGUGAGGGUCCAGGCGCCCGACUAAGCUUGGAUAGUGACGACGUUGGUGGCGACAACGUUGACGAUAGCGCUGUAGGCGGCGGGGAACAGACGAACGUUUUGUCACCGGAGUCAGUUACAAGUGAUGCGGCUUUUACCACCGUCGCUGUUAUCACAGACGAACCCGCGUUCACGUGGCGCGUUGUAGGAUAUAGCGAAUGCAGUGUUACGUGCACGUCCGAGUCGGCGUACAACGCAGUACGCGUCUUCAAAUUCGCUAACUACGUCCACGUGUGGGUGACGGGUCUGUGGUCGCAGUGUUCACGCACGUGUGGCGAUGGCGAGCAGUACAGGUCGCUACGAUGCUGGAGGAUGCUGGCGCCUGGCUUCGACAGCACUGUGCACGCAGAGCUGUGUGGGGAAGAGCGACCGAGGACGGUGCGUGCGUGCAGCCUCGCAAAGUGUGGCCCGUUGUGGGAAACGACUACAUGGUCGCAGUGUUCGGUGCCGUGUGGGCAUGGAGAGCAGACGAGAGACGCGAGAUGCUCGACGACAGGCGACGAGUCAUGUGACCCAGACACUCGCCCCGUCUCGCGGAGGAUUUGCAGCGACGGUGAUUGUGUGAGUCACUGGACGGUUACGGAAUGGUCAACGUGCCGACGCGCCUGUGAGCUACGGCGGAGAUCAGUCAGCUGCCGGGAUACGGACGGAAAAACGCAGCCUCCUCAGCAGUGCGACCAGGAUAGCAUGCCGCUGUCUGUGAGCAUCUGCGGUAACCAUGCCAACUGUCCGGCAAUGUGGGUUCCGCAAAAAUGGAGCCAGUGCUCGGCGCAGUGUGGGGAAGGCGUCAUACGUCAGCAGAUCAUAUGCGGAGGUCUGGUGGCUGGCGUACUAAAGGAAUUCCCGGCAGACGCCUGCAAGCAUCUGCCACCAAAGCCAGAGAAUGUUCGCUCUUGUACAGUGCGACCAUGUGAUCCGCGAUGGUACUCCACGCAGUGGUCGGAGUGCUCCACGAGUUGUGGUCCUGGAGUGAGCGUGAGGGAGGUGAGAUGUUACGAGAGCAACAGGCCAUCCUCAGGUUGCCCACCUGAUCAGAAGCCCGACGUUACUAGAGAAUGCUCCCUCGCUGAUUGCCCCGACAUAGGUGUUGAAUGUAAAGACGACCCGAACGCUAAGUGUGCGCUAGUGGAGCAGGUCAACCUAUGCGAGCAUUGGUACUACAAGAAGGCCUGUUGUCGGACCUGCACUCGAUAGCGCCACCACGCGGCCAGCGUGAGAAUUAAAAUGUUGUGGUAACACGCCGAUUGAUAUGUAAAGGCGGGCUUAUGUCGGGCUUGCGAGCCUACUCGACUGGAAGCAGCUGGCUGCGACUGCAGUGCUUAGGUCGGUCGACUGCGACGAGACUGCCUGCGACAGGCUGCCACUAGUUGCUCGGAAUAGAACAGUGGGCAACUGAACGCAACUAGUCGCUGCUGAUCGCUUACAGUUGCUUGAAAUCCAGUUGCUUCCGGUCGAGUCGGCUCGCAAGCCCGACAUAAGCCCUCCUUAACGCGUUCGAUAUUCGUUAGAUUUUUAUACAAUUUUCUGUGCAUUCCAACAAACUGCGCAGGAAUUCCCAGCAUUUAUUGGUAAUCCAUAGAGAUUAUUACUAUAUUUUACGACCGCGUUGUAAGACAAUUGGGUAUUUUAAUAGUUCGUAUAUAGCGCGAGUAUUUUUCCACGAGAUAUAUAACAAACCCUAUCACGCUAGUGUUGCCAGCUCUACUGUGAAAUCUGUCGACCUGAGGCCCGUGGAACCGAGGCCCAAAAACAUCAUAAUACAAGUAUAUAUGGAACCAUAAAUCUCUCUCUCUAAAAACAUUUUAGGAGAGAUGUGCUUUGCACAAGUUUCAAUAUUUUAGACUGAUGAUAGUCAUCACACUAUUUAUGGCUCUGGUGGCAACGGGCCGCUGGUGAACAUCAACCUCUCAUCUUGUUCUCUAUUUAAUGACGUUCCCUAACGAACCAUCUUCAAUAACAAUUUCUAACGCCCCUCUCUGACAACAGUAUAAAUAUGUUGCCCAUGGUAGCUGGAGGCACAAAUAUUUCUUCAACCGAGAGAAGUUGUGUUGCACUGCCACGACAUCCUGAGGUUGUAUCUUCGCAUCUACCGCAUGCACGGCGAAUAGAUUAUUGAUUAUUGUAUUGGAUUAAAAACUUGAAUCACUCUCAGUGAUCACCGCAUACACGCGCAACAAAUGUAUGACCUUAUCAAAUUACCCUGUCUGACGAUCCCAUCCACUACUUGCCAAUACGCUAAUGACCCCAUCCAAUAUUUGCCAAUAUUGCUAACGAUUCCACCCAAUACUUGCCAAUAUUGCUGACGAUCCCACCCAA